UUGAUUCUAGUUCCACUAAUCUAACUGUCGGCCUGUUUUCUACUUUUGCGCGUGAUUUCCUCACUCACUCUCUUUCCUUCCAGUCUUCACUGUCAAUCUUCAUCUUCAACACUCGCUCAUCCCACGUGUCUGUCUCCAUCUCUCUCUCUUUUUUUCUCCAACACUUCUCACUCACAGUAUUCACUCUUUCCACUUCUCUCUUUCAACUAAUCUGUCACCAUUACAUUCACAUUUGCUCUCUUCGUCUAUAAUACAUAUACAUACACCCAUCUUGGUUCUGGGAGGGGGAUUAUGUAGAGAAUGCUGUGUAGCAGAAAGAUGUUUAAUUUCUUAAUUAGAAAAGAUGUUAGAAAGAUACUCAAACGUAAAGACAGUGAUGCUGGCGAAAGAGGAAGAGCACUUGAAGACUUGCGAGCUUCUCUUUUUAAUGAGCUACGUACAUCUGAUGGUGCAAAGCGUCAACAGCAAAGAAUAUGUGGUCCAACUGUUGCACUUACCUUCAAUUUCUUGGUUUCAGUGGGUAUUAUCCUGGUUAAUAAAUUGGUGCUUGGAAAAGUUGGAUUCAAUUAUCCCAUCUUCCUCACCUUUAUCCAUUACUUAUUGAGCUGGUUCUUGAUGGCAAUACUUAAAGCCCUCUCGCUUCUCCCUGUAUCACCUCCUUCAAAGACAACUCCAUUUACUUCUUUACUUUCACUUGGAAUUGUCAUGUCUCUCUCUAAUGGGCUUGCUAAUGUGAGCUUGAAGUACAAUAGUGUGGGUUUUUAUCAGAUGGCUAAGAUAGCUGUAACUCCAACAAUCGUACUCGCGGAAUUUGUUUUCUUUAGAAAGAGAGUUUCUUGCCAAAAGGUAUUAGCACUUGCUGUGGUGUCUAUUGGUGUGGCUGUGGCUACUGUUACCGAUCUACAAUUCCAUUUCUUUGGUGCUUGUAUAGCAUUGGCAUGGAUAGUACCCAGUGCCGUCAAUAAAAUCCUAUGGUCCAACCUACAACAGCAGGAGAAUUGGACUGCCUUGGCGUUAAUGUGGAAAACUACGCCGAUUACUUUGCUUUUCUUGGUGACCUUAAUGCCUUGGCUAGAUCCACCUGGUAUCCUCUCCUUCGAUUGGAACCGUAAUAACACAUCUGCCAUUUUGGUAUCAGCUGUCCUCGGUUUUUUACUUCAGUGGUCAGGUGCUUUAGCACUGGGGGCAACGUCAGCAACCACUCAUGUUGUUCUCGGGCAGUUCAAAACGUGUGUGAUCCUUCUAGGAGGCUUUCUCAUAUUUGGUUCAAAUCCUGGCGUUACUAGUAUCUGUGGGGCGACAGCAGCCCUUGCAGGUAUGUCGGUUUAUACUUACCUUAACUUGCUCAAUUCACAAAAACAACAACCAACCAAAACUUCUCCAAGGCAAGCAUUAUUCUCUUUAUCAAAAUCUAAACUGAGCAAAGAAAAUAGCGAACCCCAUGAUGGUAAAUGCAACGGCGAAUACGUCUAAAGCAUGGUAAGCAUCUGACUUGGAGCAAAUUAGAACAAACAAAACAAAAAGAAAAAGAGAUUUACUAACACCAAUAUUGUUAUUCUUUUUUUUUUCCUUACAUAAUUUUUUUUACCACGUCUUGGAGUUCCAUAAAGCAUAUAUAUAUGUGUACUACCUCUUUUGUUAACCAUAAAUUCGUGGUUUGUAAGGCAAAAAGAGCCCUGGUAUUCUAGGGCUUGCAAGUGUAGAUUUUGUUGAGUUGUAUUUGCUCCUAGUUGGACUCAAGAGUUACAAAGUAUAUUUAUGUAUUUAAUUGAUGCAAAAAUUUGUCUCUGUUCAUGCGAGUAAUCACGGAAACUUACUUUUUCUGUUCACUGCACAUUUGCUCAGUCUAAUUGUAUGCAUGGUAAAGAAAAUUUAUUGAGAAUAAUUAUAAUUGUGGAAAAGAGAAAUAAAUAAGAGAAUUUUGACA